AUUUAUUUUGAUCAAUACCUAACCCUUAAUGAUGCCCUAGUGUACUGCUACACCAAACAGAUACUGAAAGGUUUGAAGUAUCUACAUGAACGAAAUUUCAUCCACGGAAACAUGAAAUGUGCAAACAUUCUGUUGACAAACAAUGGAGGCCUGAAAAUUGCAGAUUUUGGAUUGACAAAUUUACAGAACCUCCUCAAGGCAGGCAGAGGGAUUCCGGCCUGGUCCGCUCCUGAGUUCAUUGAUACGAAAAGACAAGGAGAAUAUGGACUAACUAAAGCUGAUAUAUGGAGCCUUGGCUGCACUGUCUUGGAGAUGUUAACCGAAAAACUUCCAUACUCCGGUUUAGAAACUUGGUCGAUAUGGUAUCGGAUCGGACAAGGUAUUCCACCUUCUAUUUCCGAUUCUCUCUCUGAUAAUUCUCGGAACUUUAUCCAGAAAUGCCUACAAGUUAAUCUAAAGGAACGUCCAACUGCUUCCCAGCUUUUAGAGCAUCCAUUUGUGAAGGUCACAGCAACCUGUAGCAGCACCUGCCAAGCCAAUUACUAUUGCCAUUAAAGACAUGGA